AUGGAAAAAACAAACUGCAAGGCAUGUUCUGGAAGCUGGAAACACAACAGAAUGAUAUCAGCUGGGUGGCGCCUUUCUAUUCUUGGUUUCCUUCGCCGCGAGGCGUCGCGUUGUCGGCUCGGUAGUGCGGCGGCGCGUCGCGGCUCGUCGCGGCGGCAGCCCCUGGCGCUCACCUCAAGCGCGCGCGCGGGCGGGCGGGCGGCGAGCUCAGUAGCAGGCCAGCCGCGGGCCGGGCCACUUGGACGAAAUGGGGGCCCUGCCAACGCCGAAGCUCCUGGCUGCUGUGCUCCUCGCAGCUUGCGUGGGCUUGUCUUCCGAAGAUGGAGACCUCUGGUCUUACGAAGGAGACGACAGAGUGCCAGCUGCAAACAAGUCCGGAACAUUGGUCUGGUAAAUGUAAAGAUGGCAAACACCAGUCUCCAAUUGACCUGGGCUCUGGAGGAACCGUAGAAAGUAACUUUGAAUCUCUAUCCUUCAUAAAUUAUAACAAUAUAUAUAAUGGAAACAUCACAAAUAAUGGACAUACAAUUCAACUGCAGGUAACAGAUAUUCCUCAUAAUAUCAUGCUAACAGGAGGAGGAUUAAAUAGAGUUUAUUCCUUAGCACAAAUCCAUUUUCACUGGAAAUCUGAGCACACUAUCAACGGAAAAAGAUAUCCACUUGAGGUGCAUUUUGUUCAUUUUGAAAAGAGAUUCAAGAAAGUCGAAGACGCAGUUAAAGUAAAAGGGGGUAUAGCAGUUAUCGGAGUCAUGUUUGAGGAUAAAGACUCCAGGAAUGAAAUUCAAGUACUAGAUCAAGUGAAGGACCUGAGAUAUGAUAUGAAAAAGAAUAUAAAGUUUUCACCUGCAAGUCUGCUGCCACAUGACACAUCCAAAUUCUACCGGUACUAUGGAUCUCUGACAACUCCAGGUUGUGAUGAAUCUGUGGUGUGGACUGUACUCAGUAAUAGCCUGCCCCUCUCCAACAAACAGAUUUCCCUUUUCCAAAAAGUGACUGACUCAAAAGGAAAAUUUCUGCUUUCAAACUUCAGGCCUCUGCAGAAACAAAAUGAUCGCAUAGUAUAUUUCCAAUCCUCUCCACCCCACCAAGUCCCAUACCAUAGUUCUGCAUUGUCGUUGAAAAAUUCAUUAUCCAUUAUGUCAAGUUUGCUAAUAGUUUUAAAAUUGAAAUAAACUGUGUAGUACUUACAAACAGAACAAAGCCAAAGAAUUACAAGCUAUGUAUUGCAUUUAUGUGGUAAAAGUACUGUUUUCAUUUUACAAGUGUGCAAUAAAAUUUCUAAUACUAAAUAUAUAAUUUUUUAGACAGCCACUAGUAAAAGUAGUUUCUUUCCGGCCAUUGGUGGCAUGCAAAAGGUUCAAUAUUUAGCGCUGGUGCUAAAAGUGAGAGGAUGCUCAAAUGUUUACAUAAAACAGGGAUUGCAAUAAAGAAAAAAAUAUUUUUGUCUGACUGCAUCAGCUACUACUGAUCUUAAUGUGACAGUUUCCAGUUAAUCGAUCUAUAUACCAGAAUUAAAAUAAAAGGAAAAUCUAUAAGUCUGUCUAAAAAUAGUGUGUGACACACCUGGCAAAAGUGAUUUCAUGCUUGUAAGAUUGUGUUUCUCUAGGCUAUCAGCCUUGUGUCUCAAUAUUUCCUAUUUGUAAAUUAAAAUGUCACAUUUAUCAUUUGUAUCAUAAGGGAUUCCAAAAGAAUUCUUAGAAGCGAGGAUUUGAAAUAAGGAUUAUUCAGUAUGUAAUUGCAUCAGAAAUGUAUUGUUAGUAAAUAUAUUACGACACGAAUCAGGCUUAGUAACUAAUCUAUUGUUUUAUUUAUGGCUGCAUUAAAGCGCAGUUUUAAGACUUUGGAAUCAUUGCAUACAAAUGUACUUUUAAAGAUAUUGGAAGAUCAAACUGAUACAAAAACUGCAUUUCAAAGUGCUUCCAUUAACUUAUAAAAUACUAAUUCAAAAAAAUAUCUUAUUGACAGAUUUUCAAAGGAACAAUUUUUUUUAAAUGGUUUGAAGUAACUAAUUAAUAUGUUUAUGUUCCUACCUCUUCUUGUUGGUAAAUCUUGAGAUGUCUUGUUUAAAAUCAACUUAUUUAGUAAUUUAUCAGAAAAACAUUCUAGAAACAACUCUAAAUAUGUACAUAAAUUAUAUCAAUACAGUUACAGAAAUUAAUAUUUUAUAACCUGGUAUUUGAUUGAUUCAAUAAAUCAUACAAGUUUGAUCAGUUGUAAAGAAAUUUUCAUUCUCAAAAUUUUAAAAUGUCGCUCAAAUUGUUACCCAAAAUGUUAUCGAAAGCUGUAGACAUAUGUGGAGUAAUGUAUUAAUUCAUUAUUUUAAAUAUAAAAACAAUUUUGUUUAAUAAAUGCAUUGUCUUUAUUAUUUAGGGCAUCUCUAGAAAAUGAAACCUAGAAAUCAAAUUUAAAAUAUUUAAAAAAAAAAGAAAAUUGUUGUCUUUAUUGGAUAGCACACACUUUAAAUGUUGUGACACAAACACGGUACUGAUAUUUUCCAAUUUUCUAUGAGAAAUAUUCUUUUUAAAAACAGUUUACAUGAGAGAAAUAAAAAAACUACUACUUUUACUGUAAAUUUGAACAUUCAUAAAAAGGUAACUAAUUACACCAAACAUUUUUAGUUGCAAUAUUAUAAAAGCUCAUAAAAUAUGUAUUCUCUUUUGUAUAUAACAAUCUUAAGAGCUAUAUCAUAAUGCCUCUAAAAUUCAGUUCACCUUUUCUAGUAAUUCACAAGCACAUCCUUCUUUCACAAAACAAUGGAGUCUUAUUUUGGUCUGUUUUUUCCCAUUCUUUUUAUGUAAUGGACACAGCAAGUUCAAGUUCAGUGGCCACUUUAGACCCAGUGAACAUUUAUCACAUUUGUCACAGAGCUCAUUACAUUGUUGCAAAGAAUGUUUUCCCAAAAUGUGCUGGAUUCAUCUUUUAUUUUUGGAAGAUCUAACUUCAAAAAAAUGUUUUUACAUUUUUUAGAUUUGCAGUGUAACAUCCAUCGUCUAGACAAACUUAAUUCACAAAAUACAGCUAUUUAAAAAGUACUUUCUUUAAGAGAAACCCUUUUAGAGAAUAGUACUUCUUUCUGCUUGUUUUCUAAUAUCAUAUAAGCACCAUACAAACAAUUUCAAUCGCUUUCCUACUAGCGGGGGGUAGUAUAAUACGUGUCAGUUUAUUAAUUACAAAUUGAAUAUUAAUUUACAUAAUUGUGCCAAUCAGGUCCUAGAAGCUAUGAGCUCAGCUUUUUGACUGCUUGAAUUUCUGCAAAUAUAUAUCCAAAGGACAAGUAUCUUCGGUCUUUUACAAGUUUAGCUACUAUUGCUUUCUUUUUUGAAGGGAAUUUUGGUAGAGAACUAAUGGACUUCUAAAAGCUUUGCCAAUACCUAAGGGAAAAAAUAAGUUCUUACUGGUGUAGAAGGUCCUUGAUCAUUUCCACUAAUGAUGUUGACUAACUUCUUCUUUCUAUAUUCAGAUUUUCUUAAUUUCUCUUUUCUCCUCUACAUUUCAAGUUGGACUAGAUCUGCUUUUCUCAUCUCCUUUCGUUUUGCUUGCAUUCUCUGUUUAUUUUUCUCCUUUACGUAACUGUUCUGUUCUGUAUUCUUUAGCUCUUUCCCUAACACUCUUGUUGUUCACUAUUGCCAUGAUAAUCUGAAAUUAGUUAUCAUUAAGGACUGUUUUAAGGAUCUUUUUAAGAAUACUUAGAAUUAAUUUAAUAAUCUUACCUUUGUAAACUAAGUCAAAAUAGCUAAAAAGAUUCAAAACGAUAGCACACAAUUUGUAAUUAUAACAAAUCUAAAUAGAAACAACUGUGAACUGCAGUUUCUUUUCUCAGCCACAUUUUUGACCUGCUGGCAACUUCACAGAAGAAACUGUCCCGUGUGUCACUUUUCAAAUGUCCCAUGCAUCACAAACAAAUCAAGUAAUGAAAAAUUUAAUUAAUAAUAUACUGGAAGUUGUAUAGUGCAUUGGCAUAAACUAUGAAUAAACUUAAUAUUUUUAUUCGAAAUAUUUCAAGAAUCUUUUAUAAUUCACAGAAAAAAUUAAUAAUUUUAAACAAUGUGAAAAAUAGUUUUUUCUCCCUGUCCAAUGAGCCACCAAAAAUUUCAAGUUAUUUUUGUACAUAAUAUAUGUGGUUACAUAUUUCAUUCUGACAUAUUUUGAAUAACACUAGAAUGUUAUGCAAUAAUAAGUUAUGGGAAGCGACUAUCAUCAAAUCAAAUAAAAUUACAUUGGCAUGGAUAUCUACGGAUGUCCCCUGUAUCAUAUAGAGAAUUGCCCUUUACCUUUCUCUUUGUUUAUUCAUUAAGCCUUCAAUAGACAUACUAUUGACAUUCAAAGGGUAGGAAUGUGUGGCAUUCAGACUGCUCUUUUUUAAAUAUAUAUUUUUAGUUUUACAAGAAGCAUGAUAAGUGGGCAUUUAAUCUAUGGCAUUUAAUGGAAAACGUACUUUAUUUAAUUUAAAGCAAUCCAAAUAUAUUUAUAUUGAGAAAUAUUUUUUCAAUGACAAAAUAAAACAAAGAAUAAAAGAUCAG